AUGUUUUCCCCGUCUGUCGCCGAAGGUGGCCCGGCGACGGCGACUCGUUCACGCCGCCGCCAGCGCCCCUUGAGCUCUGAGAAUCUCGCACAGCAGCCAAAGGCGAAGCGACCGCGGAUUCCGCUGACGGAGCAGACUUUUGUCAAUCCUGACGUCCCGCAGCAGCAGCAGGAGAUGAUCGAGGUCAAGACCGACAAGGUCGCGACUCUGCCUACGAAAAACAACAACAUCGAACCCGCUGAGAGCCUCAGCCCCGUCCUGCGCAAGGAAUUGAAUGUCCGUGCCAAAAAGGCCAAGCAUGGCGACCGUGCUGCCAACAAAGGCGAUGGCAGUCUUGUUUUGACAAGUACAAAUGCAUAUAUAGUCAGCAAGCUUCCAGCUCUUCCUGAUAAAACGCGCGGUGACUGGUCAGGAAACCAAACCGCCGACAUCUUUUCCUCUGGAUAUGCCCUUAGCCUUUACCCUGCCCAUGCCCUCGUUUGGCCCUACACCUCGACGUCGCAAUCCCCCGAAACCUUUACAUUUCAACUACCUUCAGCAUCUAGACCGAACGAUCCCCUUCCUGUAGGAUGCCUGGUGUCACCCUCCGCCGCGUCGACGGAACCCGGCCUGGUCGUGGUCAUGGCCGGGAGCGGCAAGGUCGUCUAUUGGGAGUCCAUCUCGAGCGCAGCUACCUUUGCCUUUAUCAAGAAGGAUCGUUCUGGUGUCGAGUACACAAUUUCGGGAAUGCAAUCCGGAGAAACGGUCGUCGCCAUUACCAACGCCGAAUCCGCCGGCUUCAUCCUUACCUUUAAUUCUGGACGCCUCGCGUACAUGAACGUGCGCGACAGCUAUGGACGACCAUCCAUCUCGGUCCAGUUCUUGCGCAGCAGCCUCUCGCCCACGUCGAGUGGAAUUUUUGGCAGCAUCCGACAUGCCUUUUCGCACCUGUCACUUAAGGGAGACAUUGCGGCAGUCCGCGCCGACCGAUCUGCGCGCAUGGGCGAGAGGAAUAUUGUGGCGCUGACCGGAAAGGGACGUCUUCACGCCUGGAGAGUCCACCGAGGAGGACACAACGAAAUCAUCGGGGAGGCAGAUGUACGCGAGAGCAUUAUCGAUGCGCUCCACGAAACCGACCCCGCCUCUCGAGAGUUCCCUGAAGAGUCUUUCGAGGCGAUUGACUGCACCUACAUCCCGAAGGGUCUGGAGGCCAAGUAUCAUGACUUGAGCCGAUUGAGCGAGGCCAUGGCAACUGACGACACUUCGGUGCAACAUCUUCUGAUCCUCGUCAGCCUAACCCAACGAAGCACGGCCCGCUAUGCCCUGGUUGAAGCUAUUCUGACCCCUAGAGAUUGCCAAAUCGGCAUGGUCCGUCCUAUCACCUCCUACACUUCACCGAUAUCAUUCUCCGACAUCACACCUGCGACACGACCCCGUCUAUAUCUCCCUCGCCCGGCGCUGGUCGCCUUCGUUGUCUUUGACCGCGCAACCGUCAUUGCAUCCAUCGCUAUCCCACCACAAUCCCCCGACUCCCAGCUUCAAUCCGACAGCCACGUGCUCCCUGCAUCCUUCGAAGACGUUGUCGACUUCCGCGAAGACGAUGUACACGAAAUCAUUGGCUCUGGAUUCGAGGAGAUGGCUGCGGUGUCGAGCCACGACGACAACCGACUACAUCGUCCCAAGACCAAGAACCCGGCUGUGGUUCUGAUGGUUCGGGGCGCUGGUGUGGUUCGAAUUGUGACGACUGAUGUGGACAAGUUUGCUAGUGACCAGCCACCAAAGGUGUCAGCAAAGAGCAAGCUUGAGCAGGCAGUCUUCUUCGGCGUGAAGCAAGACAACCCUCUGAUCUUCGACGGCCGACAGGAAAUCAAGUUCUCCAACGAGGAGGUUGCCCAAGCUGCUCUUGAGAUCAGCCACGAGAUCCUGAGCUCAAGCACACCAUUUAUCUCAACCCUACCGGCUUCCCUGGAGGACAACCUACGCGCCAGAUCGAAUGCGCUCGAGAGGCUGAUGUCUCAGCUCAGAAUCUUUGGGGCAGACCUUGACCGUAAGACGCGAUGGAAUCUGCUCUACAAUGCUGAGAAGAUGCAUGUGGCUAUUCUGCUCUGGAAGCGUCACGAAGCUUUCACUGCAGCUCGUCCUCCACAAGACAAGAAGAGUCUCAUCGGCUCGAUAGUCGAGUUUAUUCACCAGGACCAGAAGCACAACCCCGUUGCUAAGAUUGGCGAGGUUGACCGAGUCCGCCACUGGUUCAUCAACGAUGUCUUCCGUCUCGAACUCUUUGUUGCUUGGGCAUACGAGGUGAUCAAGACCCUGUACAAGGACCACCUGCUCGACGAUGCCAAGGUCAAUGUCAUGAUUUACGAAGCUAUCCAGGUCAACACCUGCACGCACGUCGCGGCUCUCGAUUUCCGAAAGAACAACCUCAGUUUCUACGGACUAGGAUUCGAAGAACUCCGCAUGGGUAUUCUACGCGACGGUUACGAGGAUCUUCCUGAGCCUUGGACUGGCUGCCACUAUGUCGCAAACAACCUCAAGCGCCUCGUUGAUCUCUCGGACCAAUGGGUUAUGAAGCACCUGGGCGCAGACGAGUCUGCCAAGGGAUCAAACCAGCCAGACCCCAAGAUCAUCGCCAAGAUCUUUGAGGAACUCCCUACCGUCACCGAUGGAAUGCUCACCUCUGUGCUGGAAUAUGCCCGUUGGGCUUCGACAACUCCCGACCAGAAGACCAUGUCCCAGCACUUCGUCAAGGUCUAUCAGACAGACCGAUUCGAAAAGCCCCUUGCCUUGGCGCGAUCAGGAAAGUGGGAAGAGGGUGCGACUAUCGCAGAGAAGCACGAAUGCCUUCGCGCACUGUCGGUCAUUCUGCUGGAUCACAUUCAAGAACUCGAAGCUCGACUCGCUGAGCCUGGAAUUUCUUUGUUGGAAGCGCAAAACCUUAAGCGGCUUAGGGAGAGCAAGAAGGCCAAGCUGGAAAGCAGCUUUUCCAACUAUGGCCAGGCAUUUGCCUUCCCAGCGUACGAAUUCCUUCUUCAGAAGCACGGUGUUGAGUCUGUUCUGGAGUUCGAUCUGGAUAAACUGGGCUUCAAGACACAGUUCCUCCGCAGCAAGCCAGAGCUGGCACGAAUCUCAUGGAUCAAUGACGUGACCCAGGAGCACGAUGUUGGUCACGGCGCCGAUACUCUUGUGGACCUGGCUCUCACCAAGGAGCAACAGGUGUGGAACAAGAAGAUCGAGUUGAGUCUUGGAAAGCUGGCUCUUCUGGCCGAGAUGGAACAGAAGGAGCUCAGCAACAACACCUUCAAGGUCAACUCUGACGAGGCGCGUGUUGACGAGAAGCUCAAGAAGGUUGACAAGGAGUUGAUCGCUAUCAAGAUUCAGGAUCAACUCUAUAACCAGAUUCUUCCCAGCACGUAUGAUGCCGUGGAUGAUGCUGCUGCCCUCAACUUUGCGAUGGAGGUUCAUAGCAUGAACAUUCCCCGCCGUCAGAAGGCACAGCAUCAGAUCUUUGAGGACGGCAUCAAGCGCCUCCUCAAGCACGAGGCUCUGGAUGCCAUGACCCUCAUCGACUUGCUCACCCUGGUCUCACUCAGGCCCGAGUCGCGAGAGGAGACUGCUCAUCCGUUCUGGCUGGCCCUCAAGGUGGCUGAGAGCAGCUGCCACCGUGACGAGGUCAAGGAGGCCAAGAGGCUCAUCUGGAGGCGGUUGUUUAUCCGUGACGACUGGGCCAAGAUCAAUGAUACCCAGCUAAAGGAUGACCGCGAGGUGGUGGAGAGGCUAGCAGAUACCGAGCUGUAUGCCAUGUUCGUGGACUGCAUCAAUUUCCAGGAUGCACGAGAGCCCUUCCGGUCUCUGUCGCCCCAGGAGGCCCUGGGUUCCUUUACUGAGAACCUGGACCGCCGGUUCCGUGACUUUGAUACUUCGUUCCGGGCGAAGCUGAUUGAUGCUAUGAAGUAUGAGGAUAAGCUCCUUCAUCAGUACAUCGAGAAGAACAGGCUUAACGAAUGGGCUCGCACCACCCUUGAGGCUGCCCGGGCCGAAGUCGACAGUAACAUGGACGACGCAACCAAGAGUGCAGCCGCUCCUCUGGUUCUCGAGGGUGACUCCAAGGCUGGCUCUCUCUUUGAGAACGCUGGCAAGCCCAACGGACUGGCCGGAGGAACCUCCAUCUUUGCCUAG